UAAACUUGUAAUUUUAAACAAAAAAUCACAAAUUAUUAUUAUGAAUAAACAAAUUUAUAAACAAAUAAAAAAAACACAAAAACAACAAAAAAAUAAACAAAUUUGUGCAUAUUCUGUGAUGUAGGUUUGUUUUCUGAGCUGCCACAUCAAAAUCACCUACCUGAGCAACAAAUCUUCUCCACCAUCUCAAAUUUGUGCAUAAAUAAAGAAAAAAAAAGAACAAACAAAAAAAUCAAUAAAUCAAUAAACAUGCCAUUUCAAUUCAUCAUUUAUUUUUAUAUUCUAUUUUAUAUUGAAAAAAUUGAUUCAAAUAAUCAAUGGAUCAAUUCAAUUUAUAAUAAUAAAUCAAUAAUUUCAAAUUAUUCAAAUAGAACAAUCAAUCAACAAUAUUCUAGAUCUUUCUAUAAAUUAUCAUUAAUUAAUAAUACAAAUAAUCAUUUAAACAAAAUUGAUUCAUCCUAUUCAAAUUUAAAUUUAAAUUGGGAAUUUAAACAAAAUCAAAUUACAACAGAUUGGGCUGAAAAACGUUUAAUUAAAGAUUUAUUAUAUGAUUAUGAAAAACAAUCAAGACCAGUUGUUGAUAAUUUAACACCUAAAAUUUAUGUAACAAAUACACAAAUUACACAACAAAUUACAGUUGAAUUUGGUUUAGAAUUAUUACAAAUAUUAGAUUUAGAUGAAAUGGAUCAAAUUUUAACAACAAGUGUACGUUCAUUAUAUAAAUGGACAGAUCAUAAUUUAAUAUGGAAUCCAAAUGAAUAUGGUGGUAUUGAUUCAGUAACUAUACCUGUAGAAUAUCUAUGGAUACCUGACAUUUCACUUUACAAUUACGCAGAUGAAAGACUCAAUGAAAGAAGACCGUGUGAUGCAAGAAUUUUUUCUGAUGGAAGUGUACUUUGGAAUCCAAUGGGUAUAUUUAAAAGUACAUGUUCUGUUGAUAUUAAAUAUUUUCCAUUUGACCGACAAAAAUGUGUUCUGAAAUUUGGACCAUGGAGCUAUGAUGGAUUUCGUGUUAAUAUUUCAUUUUAUGAUGGUGAACGAAAUUUUCGUCUACUUAAUUAUAUUACUAAUCCCGAAUGGAAUUUAUUAAAUUCAAGUGCUGUAUUCACCGAAUUCUCUUAUCCAUGCUGUCCAGAAAAAUAUCCUGAUAUAACAUUUCAUGUAUGGAUUAAAAGAAAAUCUGCAUUUUAUACAUAUAUCUUAAUAAUACCAAGUAUUUUAUUAUCAUCGCUUACAUCAGUAAUUUUUUGGCUACCACCACCUUCACCAGCGAAAAUUGUUUUAGCAAUGAACGUAUUUGUUGCAUUCCUUCUACUUCAUCUUUUAUUGGAAGAUACAACCCCAGCAGCUGCGAGUAAUUUCCCACUACUUGGCGCAUAUUAUUGUUUCAAUAUGGGUGUAAUUACAAUUUCAAUGUUUUUAUGCUGUAUCACAGUGAAUAUACAUUUUCGAACAGCUGAAACUGAACAACCAUCUAAAUGGUUAAGAAAAUUCACCGCAUUGAUGGGACGAAUACUUUUUAUCAACAUUGAUGCACUUGAAUUAGUUGAAACAAAAGAUAACUUAGAAAUGAAUGUAUGUUUCAAUCGAUCAGCACAAAAAUCUGUUAAAAUGUCAUCUCAUCUAGGUAAUUCUAGUAGACAAUUCAAUCAUUCCAAUAUUUAUACACAUAGUAGUUUAAAUGAUUUAAAUGAAAAUGUUUCAUCAUUAGUACUAAAAUCUUCUAGUUCAACAUUAACAUCAUCAUCAUUAUCAUCAGCUCAUAAUUAUUUACACAAUAAUACACUUCAAAAUGAUUAUGUGAACUUUCAUAGUCAAUGUCCACAUUGUACAAUCCAAUUGAAUACUUCAAAAUCAUAUCCACUUCAUUCUGAAUGUUAUAAAUCAUUCAAUGAUAAAACUAAUAACAACAAUUUAAACAAAUCUCAUAAUUCAUUUCAACUUCCAAUUUGUUCAGAAACUAAUACACGUUGUUCAUGUUAUUAUUUUAAACAAAUAUCUUCCCCUUUAUGUUAUUUAAGUACUAAUGAUUUAUCAAAUGAUCAGAAUAGAAUACAUAAUAAUAAUAAUAAUAAUAAUAAUAAUAAUAAUAAUAUAUCAUCUAAUACUAUAGAGUUAUCUAAUUCACAUUAUUCAUUACCAAGAAAUAUUUGUUUAAAUGAUCCAAUGAUGAGUAGACAACAACAUUAUUUAAAUAAGAAUCUUAUUCAAAAUAUAAAUGAUUUAAACAAUUGGAAUAAUCAAUAUUAUUUACAUCAUUCAAAUCAUCAUUUAAAUCAAACGAUACCAAUAUUUAAACAAAAAUAUAAUGAACAUAAAAAAUUAAAAGAAUUUUCAAAAUCACUUUAUUGGAAUAAAUUUAAUAAACAAAAUAAACAAAAUAAAUUUGUAUCUAAAUCCAAUAGUACACAAUUAAAAGAUUAUUUCCCGCUUCAUUUAAAUAAAAAAAUAUCAAUAAUCAAUCAAAAAGAUCAACAAUCAUUAAAAUAUAUUAAACAAGAUAUAAAUUAUAUAUCAAAAGCAGCUAGACAAUUAAUUAUUGAAUUAAAACAACGUGAAUAUAAAGAAAAAAUUAUUGAACAAUGGAAAAUUGUUGGUAUUUUAUUACCAAGCGCACUAUAA